AUGGGAGUUUGUUUGAGCGCCCAAAUUAAAGCUGAAAGCCCUUAUAGCACUGGGUUCAAUUCAAAGUAUGUGAGCACAGAUGGAAAUUAUCUUGGCAGCACAAACGAUAAGGUUUCAGCGAACUCAGUACCCCAGACUCCUCGGAGUGAGGGUGAGAUCUUGCAGUCGUCCAAUUUGAAGAGCUUUACCUUAUCAGAACUUAAGACGGCCACUAGAAAUUUCCGUCCAGACAGUGUGUUAGGAGAAGGUGGUUUUGGAUCAGUUUUUAAGGGGUGGAUCGAUGAGAAUUCAUUGACUGCUACAAAACCUGGUACUGGCAUUGUUAUUGCUGUGAAAAGACUUAAUCAAGAUGGCAUCCAGGGUCACAGGGAGUGGUUGGCUGAAGUCAACUAUCUUGGACAGCUUUCUCAUCCUCAUCUAGUGAGACUGAUUGGGUUUUGCCUUGAAGAUGAACACCGCCUUCUCGUCUAUGAAUUUAUGCCUCGUGGAAGCUUGGAAAACCAUUUGUUCAGGAGAGGCUCAUAUUUUCAGCCACUUUCUUGGAGCCUCCGUUUGAAAGUUGCUCUAGAUGCUGCCAGAGGCCUUGCGUUUCUUCACAGUGCCGAAACAAAAGUGAUAUAUAGAGAUUUUAAGACCUCAAACAUCUUGCUGGAUUCAAAUUACAAUGCAAAACUUUCUGAUUUUGGGCUGGCAAAGGAUGGACCAACGGGUGACAAAAGUCAUGUCUCCACCAGGGUAAUGGGAACCUACGGAUAUGCAGCUCCUGAAUAUCUAGCCACAGGUCAUCUUACUGCCAAGAGUGAUGUCUAUAGUUUUGGAGUUGUCCUGCUGGAAAUGUUAUCUGGUAAGAGGGCAGUUGACAAGAAUAGACCAUCUGGACAACACAAUUUGGUGGAAUGGGGUAAACCAUACCUGGCAAACAAACGCAAGAUAUUCCGCGUGCUAGACACCCGGCUUGAAGGACAAUAUUCAACAGAUGAUGCCUAUAAGGUAGCCAACCUUGCCUUGCGGUGCCUGUCAAUAGAUUCCAAGUUCAGGCCAAACAUGGAUGAAGUGGUUACAACAUUGGAGCAGUUGCAGGUUCCUAAUGCAAAUGGAGGCAAUCAAAAUCCUUCUCGUGUUCGAAGAAGAAGUGCUGAUGUAAGUAGAGGGUAUCAAAAUCCUUCUGUUAAUCGAGUUCGUAGAAGAAGUGCUGAUGACAUUAGCCGUAUGGAGACUCCCUCAGCUUAUCCCAGGCCCUCUGCUUCCCCUCUCUAUACUUGA